AACAAAAACACACGUCUUGGAGGUAUUGCAAAAAGAAAUUCUAGCGAGAUUACCCUUGAAAACCAUCUGCAGAUUCAAAUCAGUCUGCAAGAAAUGGAAAUCAACAAUAGAAUCUGUGUAUUUCCGCCGUCUCUUUUUAUCUCUGAACCGAAACUCCUCCUCCUCUUCUUCAUCAUCGUGGUCGCUCGUGUAUGGACAAGACGAACUCAUAGUUUUCCAUGGACGCAAAACAUGGGAUGAUCUUCCCAAGUCUCCAGCUCCACUCAUCCCACCGUCUUUCAAACGCAAUCAUAACGGCGAUUGCGACUAUUGGGACUCUUCCGGUGGAUUGGUUUUGAUCACAGACGGAUCUGAUAAAGCUUCCUGCUACGUGGGUAGUCCAGUUUUACAGCAAUGGAUCAAAAUCCCUCCACCUCCCUCUGAUCCCAAAGGGGUUUGGACUUUUAAAGUGAUUCACUCUCCUAUUCAAAUCGGCAACAUGUAUAAUAUCAACCUCAACGGUACAAUCUACUUUGGUUGUCUCUGUGUGCCUGGAGUACUCUUAGCUCAUGAUUUCUAUUCUGAAUCCGAUCAAUUCCGGGUUGUGCAGUUACCGGACUAUCCGGAUCACAACAAGGACUACAAACGAACCUUGACUACCUCUGGAGGCUUUGUCAUGUAUCUCAGAACAUUAGCGAAAAAGGAAGAAACUGCUUUGAAGAUCUGGAGGUUGAUGAACAAUGAUGACUACUCUUGGGAACUUUUGUGGGAAGUCCGCUUUCCAACUACCGGUAACUAUGCACCCAUGGCGAUGCAUCCAUUUGAUGUCGCUACUGUCUAUCUAUGGAGUCAACGGGAUCAUCAUUUGGUAUCUUGUAACUUGCGGAAACAAGACUACACAGUCCUGGGGGAUGCAGCUAACGAUUGUUUCAUUGACCAGUCUGUUUGUAAGAAGAGUGUGGAUGAGCUAUGGCGUCCAAGAUCAUCAUCAGACGAAGACGAAGACUUGAACUUUCAGGUUUGUAUCUGGUUGUUCCAAUUCGUGAUCCCGCGGUGGAUGGAAGAAUCAGUGCCUCGUCCUCCCCAUGCUGAGAUGAUAGAUACAACUUCGCUGCUUUCUCACGCUACUGCAACACAUGAGAGAAUGAUGAGGGAACAUGAGACAAUGAUGAGGGAACGUGCGGCAAUAAUGGGGGAUGAAAGCAAUGACGAGUACUUUUGGAUGGGGUGAUAUCAGUAUGUUUCUUUGUGUGACAAUAUUGUUCUAUAAUGUUUCGAAUUAUACUUUCUUUGAUUUGUUUUUUUCAGAAUUCUAUAGAACACUUUCAAUUA